AUGAGCGAUGUGCGAGUAAAUGCUGAAGACUAUUUGGCCAAGGAAAGCGGUGACCACAAAGACUUUUCUGAAAGACCAGCGUCAAAGAGCUUUCUAAUAGACUCUAUCCUCUCGACAGCUUCCAGGCAAUCUUCUCAACAAUGUCUUCAUGUUGGUGUCGAAAGAAGAACCACAAUACACAAGGCAGAAUCAGACGAUGAUUCUGGUUCAACGGAAGCUAGAAAUUCUCCAGUUGAUGGAGAUGAGGAUGAAUCACAGGAAGGAAAGCCUUCCAAGCCCAAGAAGCCCAGAACAACUUUCACCGAUAUGCAAAUAUUUCAAUUGGAAAGAACAUUUGAGACACAAAAGUACCUUUCAUCUGUCGAUCGACAUCGACUGGCAGACAUGCUCAACCUCACUGACACUCAAGUGAAGACCUGGUUCCAGAAUCGUCGAAUGAAAUUUAAACGCCAGCAUACAGAACGAGAACUGCAAACCUACACAAGACUCUCGGUACCACAACCAUUCAGAUCCUCAUUUGGCCACACACCAUAUCCUCUUCCAGUUUUCAGGCAACAGAUCUCAUCCAAAGGCAUCCUAGUGGCCUCGGCAAAUACAGAUGCAACCAACUACGGCAGUCAAUUUUCUCAGCCACUCUACCAGCCAAUUCACAGUUUGCCAAGACUUUCCUACCCUAUUGCUACUUACCAGACUGUACCACCAAGAUAUUACUGACAACAUCCAAACAUAUCUAGAUACCAAAAAAUAGAUCGAUUCAUAUUUUUGUUGAUCUGUAUUCAGUCCUGUUGUUUCGUUAAUCAGUAUUCAGUAGUAUUAAUUUACGGCUUCUAGCCUGAUGGACAUUGACGACACUGAUGAAACCCGAAGAAGUAAUAUUCAUGUAGUUCUAUCGCGGAUGAUCAUGACAUCAUGUUUCGUCUAAUUUGUUAGCUAGGUGCAUAAUUACAACUCUACGUAGCGAA